GAUAUCAAGAUCAAGUGAGAACAGACAGAGACCAGACUAUCCUGCCCACAGCAGUCGUAGAAGUCUCUCAAGGCUUCAACAACCUCGACGAUGAUGAUGACAACGGCAUCCAGCAGCAGCAGCUCCGUCACCCGAUGGAUGGCCAUGGUGCCGCCUCUCUUGCUGAUAUUGCUGCUAAGUAGCGAUCCGGUCUCGGCCUUUGGAUCAAACCCGUCCUCCUUGCUACCUCCCAGAUCCAGAACCUCUUCCACAACUGCCCUCCACAAUAACAAUAAACUCGACAAGGGAUUCAACUUGUUGGAAAUUGCUUCUUCUGUGGUGCCACAGGGAAGGAUUGUCUCUACGGUCAAGGAAUCUUGGAAGUUUGGAUGGCAACGCAUGAUGGCAGAAUUGGCACCUCAAGACAAAGACGGACGGUAUACCCGACCCUCCUACAGUUUCGAAAACUUUAUUGGAAAGACACCCUCCUUUCCCGAUGAACCUGGGAGGUAUCAUCUCUACGUGGGAAAUCCAUGUCCAUGGUGCCACAGAGCUCGUUUGGUUGUCAACAUUCUGGGAUUUGACAGCCAAGAGAUUAGCGUCACCCAACUGGUCGAUGAUCCUGUCAAGGCCAGCCGGGGAGGAUGGGUCUUCUCCGAGCAAGAUCAGGAUCCACUCUAUGGAUGCAAAGAUCUCAGAGAAUUAUACGACAAACUGUCUCCCACGGGAUCCUUCAAAGGACGGUGCACAGCACCCCUCUUGGUCGACAAGAAAACCAAACGAGCCGUAUCCAAUGAAUCCAGUGAUAUCGUCCGAAUGCUCAGUGCAGCUACCUUUGGUCGAAAAGAAGACGAUAGUAGUAGUAAACUCGACUUGUAUCCUCCCGCACUGACCACCGAGAUUGAUGCCACCAAUGAAUGGGUCUAUCGACUCCUCAACAAUGGAUGUUAUCGAUGUGGAUUUGCCACCACACAACUCGCCUACGAUGAAGCGUCCAGAGAUGUCCGAGAAGGACUGCGACGGUGCGAAGAAAUCCUUGCGAAACAAGACUAUUUGUGCCAACUACAAUUCACCGAAGCCGAUUUGCGAUUGUUGCCCACCAUUCUACGAUUCGAUGGAGCAUAUGCACCACUCUUCAAGGCGGGGGGCACGCACUUGCGAAUACGAUCCGAUUAUCCCAAUGUGCAUGCUUGGUUGAAACGGUGUUGGGCCAUGCCGGGGGUCCCAGAGUCGAUUGAUUUGGCCGAUGCGACGGGAUCUUACUACAAACAACUGUUCCCUUUGAAUCCAGGUGGGAUUCUGCCAACUCCCGUGACACCCCAAGAUUUGGGGUUGGAAUAAAGCUAAGCGCUACAUGUAUGUCUUUCGUUCUAUAGAAUCUGCUUGCUAGGUAGGGGUACUUUAGAAGUAGAGCUAUGAGAACAUCGUUCGCACAACAAGAUAUACAUUGAUACUGCAGGUACCAGGUACCGGUACGAGUAGAAGGCAAGCCACAGCGAGUUCCUGGCUAAAUUGGUGCGGUU